AUGAUUAAUUAAUCUCCAGAAGCAGAAAAACAAUCAGAUGAGUUAUCUAAGCUUAAACUAAGUUUGAUGUUAAAAGAUAAUGAAAUAAGAGCAUUAAAACUUAAGGUUAACCCAAGUGAUGAAAUUGAAAGACUUCAGUUAGAAUGUGAAAAAAUGAAGGAAGCAUAUGAAUAAGAAAUAAAUCUUUUGAAAGAAGAGAAUUAUGAGUAUUCAGAACUAUUGAAAGAAACUCAAGACUAGGCUGAAUAUCUAAAAUCAGUGAUAAUAGGCAAAGAUAAAGAGAUUGCUGAACUGAAAUCAUAAAAUGCUAAUGAUGAAAUUGUAAAAUCAAGAUCCAGAAAUGGAGAAUUAUAACUAGCAUUAGCAGAAAAUGCUAAUUUAAAAAACGAAUUGUAAAUAUUAUAAACUAAAUUGGAUGAUUCUUAUUUAAGUAAAUAAGUUAUGGAUGAACAACUAUAAAGUUUAGGAUAGAUGUUAGAAGUAGAAUAACGUAAUACAUUAAAUUAAGCAAAUUAAAUAAGCACUUUAUAAAAGGAGGCUUAAUAUUUAAGAAACUCUGUUAAUGAUAGAGAAAGAUUUAUAGUUGGUAAGGAGAAGAUUAUUAAAUUAAAAGAUGGAGAAAUUAAUAGAUAAUAAGAAAUUAUUAAUGAUACUCUUGCUAAAUUAGCAGAAUUGUAACAUGAUAACUAAGUUAUUAUUACAUAAAAUGAUUAAUAUUAUAAAUUACUACAAGAAAAAUAAGCAGAAAUUGAUUCUCUUAAAGAUUAAUUAUAAUUCUUUGCUGAAGAUUUAUAAAGAGUUUAAAACUAUGAAGGAUAAUAUAAUGAUGCUUAAUCUAAAAUUAAAUAAUUAGCUUAAUAUAUUUAAGAAUUAGAAAAAUAAUUAUAAGACUAAAUGAAUUAAUAUGAAAAAUAAAUUAAAGACUUAUUAGAUAAUGCAAAAGCAACUUAGGAUGAAAAGGAUUAAACUAUUGAUUAACUUGAAAAAGAUAAUUCUUCUUAAACUAAUUAACUAGAUGCAUAAAAUAAAUAAAUACAAUAAUUAUAAAAAGAACUUAAAGAUGCUGAUAAUAAAAGAGAAAGAGAAUUUAAAGAUGUUUAAAGAAAAUUAGAUGCUGAACUCAAAAAAACUGCUACUCUAGACAAAAAUAAUAAAACAUUAAAAGAUAAAAAUGACGAAUUAAAUAAAUAAAUUAAUACUGCCAAUCAAGAAUUGGAUUAAUUAGAUGAAAAAAUAGCUGAUUUAUAAUAAUAAGUUAAAGAUUAAUAAAAUUUAAUUAAAGAUCUUGAAAAAGAAGUUAAAGAUUUAAAUAAAGAAAAAUUAAAUUUAAUUUAAGAUAAUAAUAAUUUACAUUAAAAGUAUAAUUAAGCAGAAGAAAAGGCAUUAUUAUAAUAAAAAGAUCUAGCAAAAGUCUAAAAAGAAUUAAGUGAAAAACAUAAUGAUGCUGAAUAAUUAAAUAAAGAUUUAGAUGAAUAUGAAUAAGAAAAUAAAGAAUUAUAAAAAGAAAUUGUUUCAUUAAAUGACUAAAUUAAUUAAUUAAAUAAAGAAAUUACUUAAAAAUAGAAAUAAAUUGAUUAAUAAAGUAGAGAAAUUUAAAAAUUAUAAGAUACUAUAGAAAAGUAAAAGUAAGAUAAUUAAAAUAAAUAAUAAGAAAAUAAAUAAUUAUAAUUAAAUAAUAAUGAUUUAAACAAAUAAUUAAAUGAAUCAAAAAAACAAAAUUAAAAACUUUAAGAUUAAAUUAGCAAUGCAGAAUAAAAGUAAAAUAAGAAUUAAGAUUAAUUAAAAAACUAACUAUAAGAAGCAUAAAAUGAAAUUAGAUAAUUAAAGGAUCAAAUUAAAGAGUAAGAAAAAGAAAAGAAAAAUUUAUAAAAUGAAAUAAAUAAUCUCAAUAAAGAAUGUGAUGAUUUAGAUGCAAAACUUUAAUAAAAAAUUAAAGAAUAACAAGAAAAUUCAGAAAUUAUUAGACUAAAUGAUGAAUUAAAUAAGGCUCUAUAAUAAUUAAAAUAAAAAGAAGACUAAUUAACAAAAGUCUAAAAUGAAUUAAACAAAUUGAAAGAAUAAAGAUAAAAAGAUGUUAAAGAAUAAAAAGACAAAGAAUAAUAAAGAAAAGACCUUGAAAAAAAAGUUAAAGAUUUAGAUGUAGAAUGUGAUUAAUUAGAUUAAGAAAGACAAGCAGCUGUUAAUGAGGCUGAAAAACUAAAACAAGAUUUGUAAAAUUUAAAUGAUUUAAAAAAGUAAUUAAAAGAUACUUAAAAUAAAUUAACUUAAGCUGAAAAACAAAUAGCAUAGCUUGAUCCUGAAACAGUUAAAAAUAAAAUAUAAAAAGCUGAACAAGAUGCUAAAAAUGCCUUAUAAGCAUAAAAUCAAUCUAAAAAAGAGUUAGAUAAAGCUAAUAGUUUAUUAAAAUAAAAAGAAAAAGAAAUCAAAGACUUAGAUGAUGAAUGUAAUGCUUUGGAUGAUUAAGUUAAAAAUUUAAAAGAAUAAGUUUAAUAAUAAGAAAAUGAAAUUAAAGAUAAAUAAAAUUAAAUAGAUUAAUUAGAAUAACAAAAUCAAUAAUUAAAAAAAGAUGAUAUAAAAGGAGAAAUUGAUAAAUUAAGAAAAUUUAUUUAAGAAUAAAAACCAUUACUUGAUAAUUUAGAAAAAGAAUCAUCAUAAAGUGAUAAAAGGAGAUAAGAUUUAGAAAAAUAAAUAGCCAAAAGUUAAGAUGAAUUAAACAAGCUUAAAAAGAAGAAAGGAGGAAAUGCAGAUAAUGAUUAAUAAAUAUAAAAUUUAGUUUAAAAGCUUGAUGAACUAGAUAAUUAAUUAUAAUAAGAAGUGGAUAAAUAUAUAGAAUCAGUUUCAAACAUUGAAAAGAUACUUACAGGUAAUUAUUACUUUAAAUCUAGAUAUUACUGAAAAACUAUUAAAAUUAAAACUACAAAUAAAUGAAGUACAAGAAGAAGAUGGUUAAUAAUUUAAUGAUGUUUUUUAAGUAGAAUUUUUUAAUUAUUAUUUAGCUUGUAAAAAAUCUUUGUAAUGAUUACAAAUAAGGUUUAGCAACACAUAACUAAGCUAUGGAAGAUCUUUUAAAGUAAAUAAAUAAAUAAUUUUGAUAAUUAUUUGAUUGAAAUUGUCAGUUAUCAUAUUUAUAU